AUGGUCAAAUCAAUUCUUUUGGCUGCCAUCCCACUGCUCAUGCUCGCCGAGCAAGCCCUUGGAUUCGGCUGCUCAACUCACAGCUACACAACAUGCGAAGAUAAAAUAGUCCAUUGGUUUGACCCCGACGACGGGAUGAUCUGUGACCCUCUCGACUGUGAUGGCGGCCGAGCACCCCCAAAGACUGGCGUGCCUGGAUGUGCCGGAUAUACCGGCACUGAGACCAUCGGAACCUCAUAUCUCUCGUGCUGGAAACCUUCGACUACGCUUGUUGCUGCAGCUGCGGAGACGACAUCGGAAACGACAGUGACGGAAACUGCUGAGCCUAGUACUGUGAUUAAGGUUGAAACGAGGACUACGACGAGGCAUGCCGUAUCUGCAUCAGCAGAACCGAUGGGAAUCACAUCAAGGACUGGAUCAACUACUGUGGCUCCGAUACUGCCAUCGGAGACCAAAUCGACUGAGGAGGCUGCUUCUACUUCUACACCUGCUGCGGCGGCAGCUACUGCUGCGCCUAAUGCGGCUGGAGUUAUGGAGAGGUCUCUUAUUGCCGCUGCUGGUGUUGCGCUUGGAGCGAUUGUGCUCCUCUAA